AUGAACUCUGCUGGACCAAACAAUGGCCAAGCAGUCGCAAUGAAGAGUAGUUCAAAUUUAUCAGCAUUCUAUCAAUGCCGAUUCAAAGGCUACCAGGACACACUCUUUGUCGACAAAGGCCUCCAAUUUUACAGAGACAGUGAAAUUUACGGCAACACAGAUUUUAUAUUUGGGAAUGCCGCGGCUGUGUUCCAAAACUGUCACAUAUUUGUCCUGAAUCCUACGACGAACCAUGCAUGUGUGAUCACCGCGCAAGGAAGAGUAAGCAACGACGUUUUCACGGGCAUUGUAAUUCAUAAAUGCACAAUUGUAGCUGCAGAUGGUUUCAGAAAGGGGACUAAAACUUACUUGGGCAGGCCAUGGUCAAGUUUAUCGACUGUCGUUAUACUUGAGUCCUUUUUAGAUGAUUUGAUAGACCCCAAGGGGUGGCUUCAGUGGAACAGAGUUGAUCCUCAGCAUAGUUCAUUGUAUUAUGGGGAAUAUGGGAAUCAAGGCCCUGGAGCUGACACUAGUAGAAGAGUAAAAUGGAGAGGAGUAAAAAUCUUGGAUUUUACUGAGGCUAAUAAAUUUAGUGUGAGGAAUUUUAUCAGGGGACAGACUUGGAUACCUUUUACCAAUAUUCCUUUUCUGCCUGAUCUUAAGUAG